GGUUACGGUUGGCGCUCCUGCAGCUCCAAUCGACUCCCUGGCGGAGCGUACCUAUCCAAAUGUCAGUGAGAGACGUUCAUCACGUUAGUAAUCUCUGCACUUUCCUGUCCGACGUGCUGAGGUAGUACAGGUGCAGCCUCGUAGACCGGCCAACCACCAGUCCUGCGAAGCUGAUCCCAAUUGACGCCCCAUUCAGAGGAAGCCAGCCAAGACACCCCCUGUUGCCGUGGUAAUUGCGUAUAACGUCCAGCAACGCUGCUGCUCUGCCAAAGAAGCCAUAGUCGCAUCGAGCUGCGAAAGUGGGAAAGUCUUGAGAACGUGUAUGUGCCAAGCUGCGAGGAUAAAGAAGUCUUAAGAUCUGCGAUAAGUAGAAGAAAGCGUGACGAGCGUGUCGUACGGCUAGGAGGAGAGAAAUUUAAUUUCUCUACGUGUGCAUUUAGCUCUGUAAAUAUUUUGAAUGCUAGCGAAUACUGACUAUGCUGCCGGCCACCUCACAGUCACCGCGAUAGCUGCAAGACAAAUACUCGACGACUGAAGACUGCCGCGCCAUCGCGUUCGCUCACGAUCGUACGCGAAAACGUACGACUGCAUCGUGGCGAACAGGCCGUAAACAAUUUUCAGUUGUGCCCCCUGACUGCCCCCGUGACUCGUAAUCAUGUUAGAUGAAGCGCUCUGGAUCGUCAUUGUCGGAUUUAUCAUCGCCUUUGUCCUAGCGUUCGGAAUCGGCGCGAACGAUGUCGCGAACUCGUUUGGAACUUCGGUUGGAUCGAAGGUGCUCACUAUGCGACAAGCGUGCAUCCUCGCCAGCGUGUUUGAGACCCUCGGCGCUGUUCUUAUCGGAUCUCGCGUAUCUGACACGAUACGAAAAGGUAUCAUAGACGUGACAAUAUACAAUGGCACCGAAUCUGAUCUCAUGGUUGGAGAACUGGCUGCUCUCGGAGGUAGCAGCAUCUGGUUGGUGGUGGCGACCUUCCUUAAGCUUCCCGUCUCCGGCACUCACAGCAUAGUCGGCGCCACUCUAGGCUUCUCUCUCGUCGCCCACGGCGCUCUCGGCGCGAACUGGAAGAAACUGGCACUGAUCAUUGCAUCAUGGUUCGUCUCUCCGGUGAUGUCUGGAUUUGUGUCCUGCUCUUUGUUCUACCUGAUCAACCGAUUCAUCCUCAAAGCCCACGACCCGUUGGAGAGUGGCCUGAGGUUCAUACCGUUCUUCUAUGGCCUGACCCUGGUGAUUAACCUCUUUUCUGUAUUCUACAAAGGACCACCGAUGCUUCGUUUCGACCGCAUCCCGCUCUACGGAUGCAUCAUCCUCAGCAUCGGCGGAGGCAUCAUCGUCUGCAUCGCUGUUCACUUCUUCGUCGUCCCGUGGCAGCGGCGCAAGAUUCGCAGGGAGGUGGCGUUUCAGCCGAUGAGUCCGAUGAUGGAGAUCAGCCUCGUGACGAACGACGUCGAGAACGGAAACAAGAUCCUGCCGCCGCCGCCGCAACCGAACAUGACCGAAGGGAUGCUGACGCACAAGGAGUCGCUGGACGCCGUCAAGGUGAAGCUGAAGGAGGAGAGGAAGCGGCGCGAGAGCGAGUGCAACGAGUUCACGACGGCCGACGGCGCGGACGGCGACGCCGGCUCGCUGACCGACAGCCGGGGCAGCCGUGAGAGCAUCGACCUCAAGAAGUCGUGCGUGACCUUCAGCAUCGGCGCCAACCCUGGCGACAAGGGCAAGUUGGCACCUUUGUACGAGGAUGGCAAUGUCAAAACACCAAACAUGGCAAAGGCAAACGGAUUGAACAUUCCCAACAGUGAAUCUAAAGUGCCGCUCCUACAAGCAUGUAGCAGGGGCACGACCCCGGGCACCACACCUGGCGCCACGCCCGGCGCGACACCUGGGCAGACGCCGGCAGGUAGCGCGGUACCGAGUCGGACCGGAUCGGGAACUAAUCUUCUCGCGCUCGCCAAGGCUAGUCCCGACACGAAAACCAAAAAGCAAUACGGAGCCGCGGAAGCCAGCAAAUUAUUCACCUUCCUGCAGAUACUGACGGCUACUUUCGGCUCGUUUGCGCACGGCGGUAACGAUGUCAGCAACGCCAUUGGCCCGCUCGUCGCCAUCUGGCUCAUCUACUGGGAGGGCCACGUCAUCCAGAAGACAGCGACGCCGAUCUGGAUCUUGCUGUACGGAGGCUGCGGCAUCUGCAUCGGGCUGUGGCUGUGGGGCCGGCGCGUCAUCAAGACGAUGGGCGAGGACCUGACGCCGAUCUCGCCGACGAGCGGAUUCUGCAUCGAGCUCGGCUCCGCGCUGACGGUGCUCAUCGCGUCGAAUCUCGGCAUUCCCAUCAGCACAACGCACUGCAAGGUCGGCUCGGUCGUGUUCGUCGGCUGGCUGAGGUCGAAGGAUUCCGUAGACUGGCGCCUCUUCCGCAGCAUCAUCAUCGCCUGGGCCGUCACCGUGCCCGUCACCUGCGCUCUCAGCGCGGGCUUCAUGGCCGCUCUACGGCUCCUCCUAUAGUGACGCCGCCACACGGAUUUUACCUCUCGGUGCGAGGACUUCACAGGAUUUUACCCCGACCGGUUGUCAGGUUUUCUCGACCGUUCUGAUACCGGUGCACCUUGCGUAACACCAAGUGUAUAUAAACAAGUCUUAAUCUGCGACGGCUCACGGUAAAACCAGUAUCGACGGCGAAGAGAAAUACGCGCGCGAACGAAAUGGCAUUUAAUGAUAAAACUGUAAAUACUACGUGAAAGGACUUUUAAACCUGACAAAACUCGUUGGAACGUUUCGACCUGGUUGCCGUUAAUACCAGUAAGCUCAUUAAAAUCUCAUGAGUAACACCUCUUACAGGGAAAAUUGAGGAGUAGUAAAUACAAAACAUUAUUUCAAACAUUCGCCAUGCUGUUUAUAUUUCUCAGACAAAGGUCUUCAAAUAGUCGUAAUCCCGAUCAAUUCUUUUGUGCUUGUUAUAUAUAUAUACAUGUAUAGGCAAGUAUAGACACACGACCUUAUAAUAGUCCAUGGGCCUGUUGUCAGAAACAAAAUUAGUCGUAACAUUAGUCUUAGCAUUAACUUUUUCUCUUAGACCAUCAACAGAAACGCUGCGAAGUUACCUGAAUGAAAUAUCGUAGCAGAUUUCCGAAUAAAAAUCGUAGCAAUACGAAAUAAAGCGCUGUCGACGGUCUACGAGAAAAUGUUAGUGUUAAGACUAAUGUUAAGACUAAUUUUGUUUCUGACAACGGGCUCCAUGUUUCCCAGAUUUAAUCCUUGAUGGCAUUAGGUGGAAGGGCAUCUUUAACUAAGCUAGUUCAGCCGCAGUUAUUGCACUCGGAAUGUAUACAGGUGUUGUUUCUUUUCAAAACAUGUCCGUUUAUUCACUCUUAUCGAUCCGAUCACUAACGUUAUGUAAAGACCAUGCUUAAAAUGUUGCUUCGUGCGAGUGCAAGAAGGUUUUUAUUAUUUCCUGACGGCUUUGAAAACCUUUAACGUAGCGUGUGCUAUUUUACUGUUUGCAUGCACUUCAGGUGUAAUGUAGUGGGAGUUCACGAACGGGGGGGGGCUCAGGAACGAGCGGGACUAGGUUUCAUCGUACAUGUGCUCCUGUUACUCCGUGCACUGUCUCUUCAUUGAAUCGAGGCUGUUGGAGUCGGUCGUUGUGGUGGUGGUGGUGGUAGGAGCACGAGUGCAGGAGAUCUUGCAGGCUGUGCGGUGCAUGGAGCUCUGGGGGGGGGGGAUAGCCCGACCAGGUUCUGCGGCUGUUUCACGUAGUGGAAAGGCGAGAACUGUGUAGCUUGUGACUACUCUGGGUGGUACCGGAACCGAUUAGCAUGCGUCGAGAUAUCGCAGCGGGUUUCUGUCGGUGUUGGUCGGGUGGGUUCAUAGCACGCGUUGAGUGAAGCGUUCACGGUCAGGCGAAUAGUGUGUCAUGUGUCAAAUACCCGCAGAACGCGUGGGGGGGAGGGGCGGUGCAAAUUAAAGGUAUCGGGUGGUGGUUCUUCGAAGCGGUUAUGCGAACUCAAAACGCCGUUGGUAAUUAAAUGGGUAAAAAAAAACUGCAGUUAGAGUAGCUGACUAACUAACGACUCGGGAGAGUUAGAUCGAUUGUACAUAUCAUGUGCAGGUGUGUAUUUAUAGGGGAGCUUUUGGGGCAAGGCGGCAGCAUGGCCUUGUCUUUUCGCGGCUAACGUUAUGAUUGCGGUAAACGUUCGUUCGUUCGCGUAGGGCUAGCUUCUACUGUAUCGCAAUGGUAUAUAGGCGCUGACUAACAUAUUACAUUACUGGUUUCAUACAUUUACUCUUCGAGAGAAUUACCUAUAGGUGGGUCUUAAUGUUUCCGGUAGCUCAGCUGCGGAAAGCAGUCAGUGUCUCAACCCGUAGUCAAUUGCCGACCACAACAUGUGGAUAUCACACUUUACUUUACUUGUUGUGAUUGCAUAUCUUCUCUCCUACACUUCUCUACUCUCUUUAGCCUAUUAAUAUAUAUAUAUACUAUAUAUAUAUAUAUGUGUGUGUGUCAGUGUGCG